AUGGAACGCUCUCUCUCGACUACGCUCCAGGAGAAAGACGAAAUCCCACCACACUGCGACGCGACAACCACCGUCAAGGUCAAGAAGGUCAAGAUACGGGACCUUCGUGCAGGUAAUGAUUCGGAUAUGCUCUCAUAUGACCCCAUCAAGUCAGACGACGAUGAGAUGUCGACUGAAGAAGAAGUCGUACCCCAGACGCCAGAGGACGCAAGGAAGGCAACUAACCCACCUUCCUUCAAGGACAUGCUCCUUAACAAAUCCUCCAAGAAGCAGGAAGACGAAGAAGACUUCUUUUUUCAAGAAGGAGAUGUUACCAUCAACAAACAGGGGCCCAUUCCUUCCAUCAGCUUCUCAGAGAGGGUCCACCGUCUGCUCAAUGACAGCAUGAAAUACUCAGUUGUCAUUAAAAUGCUGGGAAGAAACAUCAGGUAUGUAGACCUAAGGGAUAAGGUGGUCAGCCUCUGGCGACUCACCGGCCCGGUGCAACUAACUGACUUGGAAAACAACUGUUUUAUUGCCAAGCUCAGCAACGAACGUGACUACACCGAAGUACUUUUAGGAGGCCCUUGGGUCAUAUUCGGCCACUACCUCACCGUUCAACCAUGGACGCCAGACUUCUCCCCCUGGACCCAUAGGACCUCCCACGUAAUGGGAUGGAUUCGACUCCCAAGCUUGCCAGCUAAAUACUACAAAAAAAGUGUGAUCAAAGCCAUUGGAGAGGUUCUAGGAAAAGUUCUCAGAAUCAACUACAACACAGCCUCCAGAGAAAGAGGCAGGUUCGCUCGGAUGGCAGUGCUCAUUGAUCUCUCCCGGCUCUAA